UUAUUAUUAUUUUGUGUGUGCGAAAAUACUAGUCGUCGCAUUGAUGUGUUUCUAAAAGGAACUUUGGGAAGUGCGCAUGCGUUCAUAUUAUAUAGAAGAUGGCGUUAAACGGUGGAGUGGUGUUGUGCCGGGGAGUGAAGAACAUGAGUCUUCAAGCACGGGUCCGUCUCCUCCAUGCUACUCCAGCAUGUACAGCCCUUGCUAAGGUUGCUAUGAGUAAAUUUGAUAAAGAAAGUUUCAUUCCAUAUGAAAAACUAUCCAGAAACCUAGACAUUGUUAAAAGCAGGCUCAAGAGACCACUUACUCUGUCUGAGAAGGUUGUUUACUCGCAUCUUGAUGAACCAGGAAGCCAGGAAAUUGAAAGAGGUGUGAGCUACCUAAGGUUGCGGCCCGAUAGGGUUGCCAUGCAAGAUGCUACUGCUCAGGUGGCAGUGCCAUCCACAAUCCAUUGUGAUCACUUAAUCGAAGCACAAAUUGGAGGAGAUAAAGACUUGGCGAGAGCCAAGGAUCUUCAUAAAGAGGUGUACAGUUUUCUUAGAUCAGCUGCUUCUAAAUACGGAGUAGGAUUUUGGAAUGCAGGGAGUGGAAUUAUUCAUCAGAUAAUCUUGGAGAAUUAUGCUUUCCCGGGAGUGCUGUUAAUUGGUACUGACAGCCACACCCCAAAUGGAGGUGGGUUGGGAGGCGUAUGCAUUGGUGUGGGUGGUGCUGAUGCUGUGGAUGUUAUGGCUAAUAUCCCUUGGGAACUGAUGUGUCCAAAGGUCAUUGGAGUUCAUCUUACUGGUAAAAUGUCUGGUUGGACCUCUCCAAAAGAUGUGAUCCUUAAGGUAGCUGAUAUAUUAACUGUUAAAGGAGGAACUGGAGCUAUAGUAGAGUACCACGGUCCAGGAGUUGAAGCUAUUUCGUGCACUGGUAUGGGGACCAUAUGUAACAUGGGGGCAGAAAUUGGAGCCACCACGUCCAUAUUUCCAUACAAUCCAAGGAUGAACGACUAUUUAGUGGCUACUGGGAGGAAAGGAAUUGCAGAAUUAGCAAACCAGUUUAUUCCUCUGUUGACCCCUGAUAAAGGAUGCGAAUAUGACCAAGUCAUAGAGAUAAACCUGAGUGAGUUAGAACCUCAUGUAAAUGGACCUUUUACCCCUGACCUUGCCCACCCUAUAUCGAAACUUGGAAAGCAAGCUAAAGAAAAUGGGUGGCCUCUGGAGAUUAAAGUUGGUAAGUUUAAUUUAUGA